AUGCAUAUCCAGUCGAUCCCCAUGUGGGUCGGGAGUAGUAGCAACUACGCCUACCUCGUUGUCGAUGACAAAUCCAAGGAUGCCGUGAUUAUCGACCCUGCCAAUCCGCCAGAGGUUACGCCUAUUCUGAAAGAAGCCAUCUCUUCAGGCAGAAUUAACUUGACGGCCAUCGUCAACACCCAUCAUCACUGGGACCAUGCAGGCGGCAACAAGAAGCUGCUGGCCGAGCUCGGGACACCGCAUUUACAAAUUAUCGGGGGCAAGAACUGCGAGGGCGUGACCAAGACGCCUGCGCACGAGGAGACGUUCAAGCUGGGCGAUAUUCUGGUCAAGGGCGUUCAUACGCCGUGCCACACGCAGGAUAGCAUCUGUUUCUUCAUGGAAGACGACUCGGGCAAGGCCGUAUUUACGGGCGACACGCUCUUUAUCAGUGGAUGUGGCAAGUUCUUUGAAGGAAACGCCGCUGAGAUGCACGAGGCAUUGAACAAAAGACUCGGCGCCUUGCCGAACGACACAGUCGUCUAUCCCGGGCACGAAUACACAAAGUCAAACGUCAAGUUUGCCAUUUCCGUACUGCAAAGCGAUCCCGUCAAGAAGUUGCAGGCAUUUGCGGAUACCAACCAAGUCACCACGGGCAAGUUUACCAUUGGCGACGAAAAGCAACACAACGUAUUCAUGCGUCUAAAUGACCCCAUUGUUCAAAAGGCCACAGGGGCAACAGACCCCGUCGAUGUCAUGGGCAAGCUCCGCGAGAUGAAGAACAACUUCAAGUGA